UUAAUCAGGCUGAGACAUGAGAAACCCACUGCAUAUAAAGGACAGACACUGAGGGGAAGUGAUCUCUGUCGUCCUGAGGGGCCCCUUGAGCUCACAACACUGAACUGAUUAAUAUGUAAACAUGCCCAUUAAUCCACGCAUGGCUCUUAAUUGCGGGAUACUUCCGAAGAGUGCAGUGGCUACACACAAAGAAUGGGCGUGAGUUGUCCCUCGAAACGAAGCCCAGAGACUUUGGCUUUCUUUUUGCACCAGCGAUCAGAGCGCUCAGUUCACAGUCUGCGAGAGACAGAGAGCAUGUAACAGCGGGAUGGAUGGCACAGGAUUUACAACAACACUUGUCUGAAUACUCUCCCAAAACCAACUAAGACGCACAGGAGGGAGGGGAGUAUCCGCCGGAGAGAGUCUGAGUGCGUUAGUGUGUCAGAAGGUGUUUGAGAGAGUACGGGGGCAUCACAGAGAGAGGAAAAGCGAGAGGAAAAGAGAGAAGGGAGUAAGUCUGGACCAGGUGAUCGAAUAGAAACCUCUAAGGGGCUGUCAUCAGUGUGCACGGGACCAGCGAUCUGACCAUGGUGCCAGCGCGCUUCCCGGGACCCUGUGCCAUACUGGCACUGACUCUCCUCUUGGGAUGCGACGUGGUUUUCUGCGUCGGCCAGAACGAGACGGAGCCCAUCGUGCUCGAAGGGAAGUGUCUUGUGGUUUGCGACUCGAACCCUUCUUCGGAAGGAGGGGUCACCUCCUCACUUGGCAUAUCUGUCCGUUCCGCUGGGGCAAAGGUGGCUUUUUCCGCGGUACGUGGGACCAACCACGAGCCAUCGGAGAUGAGCAACACGUCAAUGACCAUCUAUUUUGACCAGGUUUUAGUGAACAUCGGCAACCAUUUCGAUCUCAAAGCAAGUGUUUUCCAGGCUCCAAGGAGGGGGAUAUAUAGUUUCAGUUUCCACGUGGUGAAGGUGUACAACAGGCAAACCAUACAGGUGAACCUGAUGCAGAAUGAUUAUCCAGUUAUAUCAGCAUUCGCCGGUGAUCAGGACGUGACGAGAGAGGCGGCCAGCAACGGAGUACUGCUGAUGGUUGAGCGCGAGGACCGCGUGUAUCUGAAGCUGGAGCGGGGCACACUAAUGGGUGGAUGGAAGUACUCCACCUUCUCAGGCUUUCUAGUCUUUCCUCUAUAA